AUGUCAAAACGGAAAAUUAAAGUACUGUCAUUAAGUGAUAAACUUAAAAUAGUGAAUGCGUUUGAAUCCGAAAAAUCGCGAAAUGGAAUUCAGAAGGAAUUUAAUUUACCAGAAUCCACCUAUUAUAAAAUUAUAAAAUCAAAACAAUCUAUAAAGUCUGAGUGCUCUAAUGGGCAUGGAAAUAUUAAGAGGACUAGAGUUUCUGAAUUUCCCAAUAUCGAAAAGUGUCUUUUGGAAUGGAUAAAACAAACUCUCGAUAAGAACAUUCCCAUAGAUGGACCUUUGUUGAAAGAAAAAUCUGAAGAGUUUGCUACAAAACUGGGAAUCCAGAACUUUUCUGCUAGUAACGGCUGGUUAGAGGGUUUUAAAAGGCGUCAUGAUAUAGAUUUCAAAAAAGCAGCCGGGGAAAGUAAAUCUGUAGACCAAGGUGUAUGCAACCACUGGAUUGAAGAUCUGCCAAAUCUUUUAGAAAGGUAUGAACCAGACGAUAUUUACAACGCGGAUGAAACUGCUUUGUUUUUAAAGUGCCUUCCGGAUAAAACAUUUACGUUUAAAGGCGAAAAAUUCCAUGGAGGGAAACAAAGCAAACUCCCACUUCUCAUCAUCGGGAACUCAAAACGACCUAGAUGUUUUAAAGGUGUCAAGACUCUACCCGUUGAUGAUGCCAAUAAUACAAAGGCUUGGAUGACCAAGAUAUUAUUCAAAGAUUGGUUGAAAAAAGUUGACGAACAAAUGAAGAUAAACCGCAAAAAAAUUCUGCUAUUCAUUGAAAACUGUGCUGCCCAUACGGACUUACCAACACUUUCAAACGUAAAAGUAAUGUUUUCACCUGCUAACACCACUAGUAAACUUCAACCAUUAGAUCAAGGCAUCAUUCACACUUUUAAACGCUUUUAUCGCAGAGAAGUCGCUAAACAUAUUCUUACGAGUCUAGAAGAAAACAGAAGCCCGGACAUUAACGUACUUCUAGCUAUGGAAAUUGCUAGAAAAGCAUGGUACUCAGUCAGUGACGUUACUGUCAAAAACUGCUUCAAGAAAGCUGGGUUUUGGAAAAGUACAGAUGUGUAA